AUGACGAAGACCGUCGUCAUUGACUGCAGGACGCACAUGCUGGGCCGCCUGGCCAGCGUAAUCGCCAAGCAGCUCCUGAGCGGUCAGCACAUCGUGGCCGUCAGCUGCGAGAACAUCACCCUCUCCGGCGGCAUGGUGCGCCAGAAGGCCAAGUACGAGCGCUUCCUGAACAAGCGGUCCGUCUCCAACCCCCGGCACGGCGCCGUCAAGUUCAGGGCGCCCUCCCGCAUCCUGUGGCGCACCGUGCGCGGCAUGGUGCCGCACAAGACCGCCCGCGGCGCGGCCGCGCUGGCCCGCCUGAAGGUGUUCGAGGGCAUCCCCACCCCCUAUGACAAGGUCAAGCGCGUGGUGAUCCCCGACGCGCUCAAGGUCCUGCGCCUGCAGCACGGCCACAGGAACGUGGCGCUGGGCGAUAUUGCCACCUCCAUCGGCUGGAAGCACCAGGAGACCGUGAAGGAGCUGGAGCACAAGCGCAAAAUCAAGUCCGCCGCCCGCUACGUCGCCAAGAAGAAGCUGGCGGCGCUGCGCGCCAAGGCCGAGGCCUCCGUGCAGUGA